UUCCGGUAAAGGGAGGCUAGUAAGGUCACUUUCAUUUUCACAAUAUCCUAAUGUUGCCUAACGAGCCUAAUGCUACUUUUGUAUUCAGCAUUGUAGAUCUAGUCUAGAAACUAAAUACAAAAAGGAGAAUGAGUGACUAUGCAAGACGGAUGGCCUUCUUGUCUGCCCGUAUAUUUGGGGAGGUGUUUAAAGGGACAACUUACAAGAAUCACAAGAUAGUUAAACAAAUGGCAGAAAAACCAAAGCAUAAAGAUAACUUUGUGGUCAACUAUUAUCCCCCUUACUAUAAAUUAGAUCUUGCCUUUGAAAACUUAAGACAUCAUGGACUCUUUAGAGAUGAACAUCAAGAUUUCAAAGAAGAAAUGAUCAGACAGAGAACACUGCGAGGUAAAAUCAAACCCAAGAAGGGAGAGGGUAAGAGAGCAAUGAAGAGGAAGGCAGCAGGGGGCCAGUGAGCUGCAGGCUGUUUAGGGAUUGCAUGGACUUUCUAAUGAUCACUUUCAUGAUGCACUGAGUACAACAUUGUCUGAGUUUUGUAUGAAAUUAGUGUAAGAGUCUUGCAUUUCUUCAUUUUGUUUCACCUGCUGGAAGAGAUUACUAAUGAAAGCAAUGUACUAGGAUGUGUCAAAACUUGUUUGAAAAUGGUUGAUAAUUAAACUUAAAUAUAUAAACAAAAAAAAGAAAAUAAUUAUA